AUAAAAUUCAAGCACGUAUGGAAAUCUUAAUUCAGUUCUGAGUUGAUUAAUCAUUGCUUAUUUUCUCGGAACAUCUCUUUCCGAAAAGUAAAUUUUCUCGGAAGGAUUGUUAAAUAGGAUAUCGGAUAGUAGGAAAAGAGCUCUGGGCAGAUCAUGGCAGCACCAAAUGAGGAUAAUCUGUCUUCUCAUUCUCAGCUUUCAUCUCAAUUUUUUGGAGAACUUCUGGAUUCUAUUAUUGUUGAUGUUGCAUCUGAAUGUCACCGAAUAGCAAGAUUGGGACUUGAUCGUAGUUUAGAUGACGAGGAAGAAGAACUGAGGUUAUCAGCACAGGCUCGAGCCAGGGUAGCAGACCCUAGUAGUAGUGGUGAAACGACUAGCAAAUAUGUGCUUGAUAUAUUUGGACAAACACAUCCUCCUGUAGCUAAUGAAAUAUUUGAAUGCAUGAAUUGUGGCCGAUCAAUUAUGGCUGGACGUUUUGCUCCUCAUCUGGAAAAGUGCAUGGGAAAGGGCAGAAAAGCACGUCUCAAGGCCACAAGAAGUAGCACUGCUGCACAGAACCGGUACUCACGAGGCAACCCUCUUUCCAACCACUCCCCUUCCUCAAAUUCCAAUAGCAUGAGCCGAUUAUCAAAUGGAACCUCCCAUGUGGCUGGUUACGAGUACUCAAAUGGUACCAUAGAAGAGCCAUGACAUGUUAUUUGAAGAAAAAGCAUACCAGCUGCAGCAGUUCAAAUCAAUGGCAACCAAUUUAUUGAAUUGUGAUGUAUCACUUUUGGCUUGCUUUAAAUUCCUUUUCAACGGCACAGCCCAUAGAGAGGAGACGCUCAUCAUCCCCUUCCCUCCCUCCCUACCUUCCUCUUUCCUCAUUGCUCAGCUGAUGCAGUAAUAUUUGUAGGCCUAUAGCCGUUCCUCUUAGGAAUUUGAGGAAUACUUCAAGAAACGGCUGGUUUUUGUCUUUCGACAAACCCCCACUGUCUAAUUAACAUAUGGCAAGCCACUAUAUUUGAUUGGAAUGAGAUAUAAGCUUCUACUUAUAAUGAGCAUGUAUUCCUCUCCUCGUAGC